AUGCCUCCUCUACGUUCUCCUCAGAGAGAUCUCAAACACCUUUCCGAAAGGCCUUUUCUUGAGGGACGUCUCUUCGCCAUCACACUUUGCUGGCCGUCAGAUCACCAAAUUCUUCCUAAGCACUGGCGACAUCUUAGCUAUUGUGUCGUCGAGUUCCCCACCAAAGAGAUGACCCAAGAAGCCACGAACCGGAUUCCUGCUCUUGAGUUUGAGGGAAGCCUCCUCCAGGUGUCUGUUCCGAAGGCGGCUUCGGAUCCUGCUCAAACUACCAACGACACUACAGAGAGACCGGUCACUUGUGCUCCUACACCUACCGACAGCACAGCAGGCAAACCAGUCGUAUCUGCUCCUAUGAAUCUCCCUCAUGGGAAAGGAAGCAUCACCAUGUCAAGCUCAAACUGUAAAGAAUCUGGGUAA